AUGAAGCUCUGCGUGACAUUCGCCCUGGGCGCCGCCCUGGCGGGUACGGCGCUGGGCUACGUGAUCCGCGACACGCCAGCGGUGUGCAUGACGCGCGACGAGGCCAAGGACAUGGUGGACAUCUACCAGCGGCUGAUUGCCAACUACACGGCGUCGGACUGCGACAAGUUCUGCGCGGACAGCUUCGUGGACAACUCGGACAGCAUCAACAGCUUCCUGAACCAGCCGCUGGGCGGGCCGACGUUUGCGACCAAGGAGAUCUUCAUGGAGGCGCAGCAGUACAAUCCGCCGUUCCCCGUGGUGAUCGAGUCCAUCGACGCCGUGGACUGCGACGUGAUUGCGCUGCAGUGGCACGCGACGUUUGGCGAGGCGAACCAGCCGAGCAAGGGCAUCACCAUCCUCAAGACGACCAAGGAGAAGGGCUACUGGCAGAUCCGGGAGAUUGACGUCGAGUUCAACAGCCUGACUUGGCUGCUUGACAUGGGUGGCAGCUAUGUCUGGGACGGUUAA